UUGGCACAGCACAGCCCUGCAGCAGCCGCAGGGGGGUGUUUGCAUGGGUCUCUAAUCCUCGCAAUGUGAGGAAUGCAAGGAGCUCGGGGAUUUCCAGCUCCUGGAGCGAAUCUCGCAAUCUGCUUUUUCAUUUGGGGCUGUUUUAUCCAUGCCUGGUGUCUAGGAACCACUGGCUGGCUCUGCAUGAGCUGCAAGUCCUGCUGACUUAAGUCCGUGCAUGCCAAGCGCUGGUACAGGGGGCAGUGGGUAUUUUAAAGUUGCUUUUCUAGCUAACAUCUAGUUGCUCUCAUCCAUUUCAGGUCCCGUGCCUAUUUUGGAGCCUCCCCUCCCCUCCCUCGCUGGUUUCCCGUGGAUGUUUUAGCCCCGUGAAGUCGGCUGGCGGAUGCCUGACUCAUUUGAAGAGACCCCCUCGUUGUAAGCCGCCCCCUGCACUAUGGCAGAGGGGGAAACCCAGAGACAGCUGCUCAGGUUGAUCCAAGAAGGACGGGUCGACCUUUUCAAAGGAGAGCUGCAGAGGGAUGAGGAUCUGGUCCAGGCAGUGAGGCGGAAACACUUUGGGAAAUCCGGGGACACGCUGCUGCAUUACACAGCCAGGCACGGUCACCUGGACAUGCUGACCCACUUAGUGGACACCUUGGAGAUGGACAUUGAGAUGUGCAAUAAUGACUACAAGCGGCCCCUGCACGAAGCCGCUUCUAUGGGCCACAGGGACUGUGUGCUGUACCUGCUGGCUAAAGGGGCCAAGGUAGACUGCUUGAAAAAGGCAGACUGGACACCUCUGAUGAUGGCCUGCACCAGGAGCAACCUGGAUGUCAUCAAAGAUCUCAUUGAGCACGGGGCUAACCCGCUGCUGAAGAACAAAGACGGCUGGAAUUGCUUCCACAUCGCCAGUCGAGAGGGCCAUCCCCAGGUCAUCCGGUACUUGCUCGCUGUGGCACCGAGCAGCUGGGACACGGAGAGCAAAAUAAAAAGGACGCCUCUGCACACUGCAGCAAUGCAUGGCUGUUUCGACGUAGUGAAAGUGCUGCUUGAGCGGUGCCAGUACAAGCCCGACAGUCGGGACAAUUGUGGCAUCACGCCCUUUAUGGAUGCAAUACAGAACGGGCAUAUGGAUAUAGCCCGGCUGCUUCUGGAAAAGCACAAGGCCUGCCACACUGCAAGGGAUGCCCUGGGGGCCCAGCCCCUGCACCUGGCAGCGGUCACGGCACAGGAUGAAGCCAUCCGGUUCCUCGUCUCAGAGCUGGGCGUUGGCAUCGACGAGAGAGCGACGUCCCUCCGGCUCACAGCGCUGCAUUACGCGGCCAAGGAAGGACACGCAAGCACCAUCCGAACGCUGCUGUCCUUGGGCGCUGACUUGCAAGCCAGAGACGGGAAAAGCCAAUCGGCCCUGCACAUGGCCUGCUCCGGCCAGCACGCCACCUGUGUGUCCAUCCUCUUGCAAACCGGACUUCAGGACUCUCGGGACUGCACGGGAACGUCCGCACAGCAGCUGGCAAAGAAGCCAGAAGUCCUCCGGCUCUUUGAAGGAAUCGAUGUUAGCAUGGGAGAGUGGCCGGCAAGAAAAUAAAACAGGCUUUUGGGCGCAUGCACUCAAGGGCUUCACAGACACCUGUACGGUCUUCCUCAUCGGAGAAUCCCUGCCAUUCCCUUCUAAUCACAUGGGUUUGAACCGCGCUCCUUGGUAUCUCUUUAUCGGCAUUUGCACCGUUCCCAGCAAAAUGGGGUCCCAACCUUGCCUGGGAGAUUUGGACCUCAUGCUAAUAUGAGUCCACAAGUUGCCACAAUGGCACAGCCGGUCAGUGGCCUGGAUGGAAGGACGGGCAGGGCUCUGUCCUGUUCCUAAGGACAAGGAGCCAAGACUGGUAACCUUUUGGGGCACCUGAUUAUAGAGGCCAAUAGAGGUGAGGAACAUUUAGCCCUGUUAGCUCUGGAGGGGACCUCCCCUUAUAUUCUUUCGAAAACCUGGCUGGGAAAGCUUAGGUAGCAUGAGGAAGCCUGCACACCCUCUCUCUGCAUUGCACCCUUUCUGUGGCCAAAGCCCCAACCCAAAAUCAGUCGUCACCAGUCAAACGAUUGAAAGCCUCCCAUUGCCUUCAAUGGGCUUUGUAUCAGACUCAGAGGAGGAGUUUCCUCUUCCAGACAGUCAGUCUGACACGUCUCACCAUCUUUUAAUAGUAAAAAUAAAA